AAAAAUGGAAGAAGGCUACGAGGAAGAGAAAUCUCCAAUUCAAUCUCAAAAUUACGAGGAGCAAAAGCAUACAGAAGGUGAAAGUGAGGCUAAUAAUGAUAUGCAAGAAGAAUUUGAUGAUGACGGUGAAGGUGAUUACGAGCGUGGAGAAGGAGUUAAUGCCCUCAACCUCGAAUUCGUACGUGGCUAUAACAAAGACAUCAAAGACGGAGUCCAUAACCUCACUAAUGGAGAGAGGAAAGCAAUCUUUUACUCAGCAGCCCAUACUGGAGUUAUCUAUGAUUAUGAAGAAGGAGAGCAAAAGUUACUCCAAGGCCACUGUAAUAAGAUCACAUGCACUGCUUGUUCUGCUGACAAGAGGCUGAUCGUGACUGCAGAUAGUGGAAUUGACAGCAUGCUAGUCCUUUGGGAUUCCUAUGAUGGCAUUCCUAUUAGAACAUACUUUAAUCCUUAUGAGAAUGGUAUAUGUGCCUUGGACAUAUCUCAAGACGGCAGGUAUUUAGCAACCAUCUCAGAUGAUAAAUUCCAAGCUGUUUCUAUUUGGGAUUUACAGAACGAAGAACUUGAUGAGCCAAUUAUUACCACUCUUUGUGGAUACGCUAGAGAUGACAAGCAGUAUUUGAUCAAGUUCAACCCCUCAGAUGUAUAUGAACUAGUCUGUCAUGGAGAAAGUCAAUUGGCUUUCUUAUCCUGGAGUGAAGAUUCUGAUGAGAUCGAGUAUUAUUUGUCUCCAAUCCAGCAAAGUUCAUUCUCUAAGAAAGAGAAAAAGAAUGCUGCAUUCACUAGCACUGUGUUUAUUCCUGAUUCAACAAAAGCAGUGACUUCCACAGAGAAAGGAGACCUUCUUGUGUGGGACAUCUCUCUCAUUGUUGACGGAAUGUCACAUACCAAUGAGAAGAGGCUCACUAAGGUUCUUGAGCUGCACCAGGAUGAGACCUCUAUCAACACUCUCACCAUCCAUGGAGACUAUCUCGUCACUGGCAAUGAAGAUGGCAGUGUCAGAUUCUACGAUUUCGAUCUCAAGAUCUGUGGAUGGUUCGAAAACCUUGACUUAGGAGUCAUCAAGUCUAUCUCAUUUGCCGAUGAAGAACCCAAGUCUGUGGAUCAUGAAGAAGAAGCAGAAGAAGAACUCAAAUGUGCUGAUUUCAUUGUAGCAGACAGCAAUGCUGUUGUCUGUAAACUAGAAAGCAGACUCUUCGAAGAACUCGAGCCAGAUCAGAAGAAAGGAGAAGUCAUAUUCACCGGCCUCAAGUCUGCAAUUAACUGCAUUGCUGUGCAUCCUCAUGAGCCAAUUCUUGCCAUUGGAGGCAAGUCUGGGUUCUUGAUUACCUGGAAUUAUACGACUAAAGAAGAAGAGUACAAACAGCUCAAGGAAGAACCAUGCGCCAUUGAGUAUUCUCCUGAUGGCAAAUAUCUCAUGGGAGGAACAGCCGAUGGUCUCAUUCGUAUCUAUGACCCAUAUAAUGACAUGGUCGAGCUUCAGGCGCCUUGUAAGACCUCUGAAAGAAGCGACCAUGCGAUCAAGCAACUCAUUGUGUCGAAUGACUCUGAACAUUUUGCCACUAUGGAUGUGAACAACUGUGUCUGUUUGUUCAAGAGAGAUCACAAGUAUGGAGACCCGAACGAACCAAUCGAGUGGGUCUUUUAUGGAAAAGUGAGAUCACAUGAAAUUGAAAUCACAUCUAUUGCAUUUGGAGAGUCUCUUGACACCAAUGAUGAAACCCAGCUCAGACUCUUCUCCAUCGGUAAAGACAGAAUCCUCUUCGAGUACGAUGUGAGAAAGAGCUCAGAGAGGAACGGGUUGGUCAUUGACAACAGUAGAACAAUGAUGAUCGAACAAGAGAAUGUUCCGACUGCUUGUAUCUGGUACCCAACAGUUGAUUCGAAGGAAGACCUCUUACUAACAGUAAAUGAUGUUUACAAGAUGAAAAUCUGGAAUGUUAAAAGCUCUCAGUGUAGAAAGACAUGACUCGGCCCUACUUAUGGAGGUGACAUCAGCAGGCUCAAGAAACUUGAAAUUGAUGGAAACCCUGACAAGUUCCUUGCCUAUUCAACAUUCGAGAAAGUUAUUGGGUUGAUCAAGCUCCCUCUUGAUGGAAACCCAACUAAGACAAUGGGACUAAUCGCUCAUCCAAACAAGGUGGCUGACAUGUGAGUCACUUCUGAUGGAAAGUACCUCUUCACAUGUGGUGGAGCAGACCUCUGAGUCAACAAAUGGUCGAUCGAUGUAACUCCUAUCGACAAUGCCAUCAUGAUGGGUGGAGAAGGAACAGAGCCAUUCAUAAACCUUAUCGAAGGAGGCAGAGACGGCCAGACAUUCCAAGACAUGAAGGACUUCUUCUAUUAUUCCAUGGUCAAGAGCAAAACUGAAGGAGAAGACACAACCAAGACCAGGAAGCUCGACGGAAAGGUGUCUAUCAACCAGCUUGGAAAUCUCAUGAGAGCCAUGGGACACUAUCCCACUCUGAAAGAGAUCGAGAACAUGAUGAAUGAAGUUGAGUUCGCUCAUUUCUCAGAGAACUGUGAGAAGGUAGACAGAUUUGACCUUGACACAUUUGUGAAGCUCUUUGUAAACCAUAGGCCUGUGUUUGGAAUUGGCAGGCCUCACAUUGAGAAAGCAUUCAAUACUCUGUUUGUUGAUGCGAAGAAAAAUCAACCUUUAGAUAAGGUACCAAGGGAACAAUUCUUGCAAGAGCUAGCUUCUGAAGGUGAACCACUCAUGAACCAAGAAUUAGGAGACCUUCUGGACAAAUUAGUAGGAAAGCCUAACAUCAAAGAAGCUUUAGGAGAAAAUAUUUGGCCAGAAACCUUCGCUAAGGAUAUCCUCAGCUUUGAAGAAGUCGAAGAGGAUGAGGACGAUGAGGAAGGAGAUUAUGACCCAGCUUAUCAAGAGGAUAACCCUAAUAGCACAUUUGCUCAAGAUGUGAUCCCUGAAGAGAAUAUAAAUUAAAUUUCGAUA